AUGUCCCAAGACGACAGCGUUCGAGGCAACGGCACCAGCUACCCAUCGCUCGACAUCCUCCCGCCAAAGCCUGCCGAGAAUCCUUUCGACGACAGCAUAGUCAAGUUCCACGGAAACCUAGACUACGAGUCGCUCGGGGGUGCUGGCAUACAACCAGCUCGAGCUGGAGAUCCCGUAUACGGAUGGGAAGAAGUACACGUUCUCAACCUGAAGGACACGGUCCCCCCGGCGGGCACCAGCGAUCGGGCCUCGGUGAGCUGGGGCUACGAUUUCCAGCUCCUGGCUACGACGCAAACGGAGGAUUGGAGUGUCUCUGCUGAUCUACAGCGAGUGGUGGUGCCUAUCAAGGACUUGGUCCCAACACUUCAGCGGCAGAUUGGUGAACAAGUCGGCGCCUCUCAACGUGACGGGGAUCAAGAGAAUCAGCAUCAUGAUUAA